AUGUCGUCUCCUUUUAUCCCCAGGCCCGAGGAGUUUGGGGCCUCAGAGGACGAUGGGCUCGAGGCUGAUUAUAGCUUGGUCGCGGAGUAUCCCGAGGAGGUCGACUACUACGCCUUGCUAGGCCUAUCGCGAACGCCUCGCCCGACCGACACCGACAUUCGCUCAGCCUACCGGAACCUCACGCUCAGUUUCCACCCGGACAAACAACCUCCGCACCUACGCGAAGCCGCCGAGCACCACUUCACCCAGAUCCAAGAUGCCUACACGACGCUCAUCGACCCCAAGAAGCGCGAAGUCUAUGAUCUCCUGGGUGCAGAGGGUGUGCGACAGGAAUGGGCCCGUGGUGGUGCCAUGGGGAUUGGAGGAGAGGCGCAACACCAGCAAGUCGGAGUCAAGACUAUGUCGGCAGAUCAGUUUCGGAGCUGGUUCUUGAAGACGAUGAAGGCGCGGGAAAGGAAGGCUGUGGAUAGUAUGGUUUUGAGUCGGAGCCACAUUACCUUGGGGAUAAAUGCAUCGAACACAAUAAGUGUGAAUGCAGAGGACAAUGAUGUGACAUUUCAUCUACCUUCGCCCCGGCUCUCUUCCUAUGCCCUGAACUACAACUUCAAGGCACCAAUCUCCAUAUCCAAAUUCUGGAGUCACCCAGAAGAACAGCUUGAAGAUGAAGCUUCGGCUGGUGGAGGCAAAGAGACAGAAGAGCCCGAGCCCCUAGAUGUGACAAUACAGACCGGCAUUGCGGGCGUGCUUAAAUGUCCUACACAAAAAUUUACACUCACUCAUGAAGAUGACUCUGAGGAAGAGCGGAUAGUUCCACUACCACUGGCCCUUGUGGCCAAAGACCUUGUAAUUGGUGCCUCCGCCAGCCAGUCCUUGACAAGCACCACAAGACUAUGGGGUAGACGCCCCUUCUCCGUCCUAAAUGGCUCUACUGUUACGGCGACUGCGCUCCUACUCCCUGUGCCAACCUUUCAAACCAGUGUGCAGAGAGCCUUUCAGCCAAUACCUGGCAUCAAUCCCUUCAAUGUUAAUGUGACGAGUACAUUCACUCGGUCUUUAUUGGAAACGCCACCUUCGCUUCAGGUGCAUGCUACUAAACAGGUUGCUGAAACGAAGAUUGCCUUCUGCACCUGGUCUAGUGGCAUGUUAACCUGGCCAGAGGCCAUUAUGCGCCUCCCUUUUAUCAAUCUGAGCUUCGACUCCAUAAUCAGAGGCGCUAGUGAAUCAGACAGCUUGCAAAUUGGACUAAUGUCCUUUUCAAAGCCUGACAGGCAGACAGCAAGCGCCGCAGACGACGAGGAAGAACAGGACGAGGAGUUGCGUGAACUUUCGAAAAAGCAGGAUGAGCUAGACCGUGCUGCAGAAUCCUGGCAGGCUGUGAUUCAGGCCUCUCCCGGAGGCGGUGCUCUGUCUCUGACCUAUUCGCGAAACUUGUUUUCUGGCAAACCGGCCGACGAUCCUGUCAGAGCGGAGUGGAGCUCGGAGGGCUACUAUCCCAUCCCAAACACAGAUCAGCCCCGUGCGGUGCGACUGGAAGUCUCCGGCGCCGUCGACUUUGGCCUUUCUCUUGCAUGGAAUGUUAUGGGCGUACGACGGGUCGGCAAGUUUACCCGAAUGGGACUUGGAAUCGGCAUUGCGGAACAGGGUAUCGUGAUGAACGUGUCCUGGAGACGACUUGGCCAACGCAUCACACUCCCCAUCACCAUAUGUCCCGUACAAGAAGCAAGCCAGGACGCCGCAGUGCUAGCUACCAUCUUCCCCUGGCUGGCAUACUGUGCCAUCGAAUUUGGCUAUAUUCGCCCGCGCGAUAGGAAGAGGCGUCGGCAGGCAGCAGCUCGCCGGCACAAUGAGCUGAAGAAGCUCAUUCCCAAGAGGCGAGAGGAGAGUCGGCAGGCCAUCGAGCUCAUUCUCGAUCAAGUGCAGAAAAGGCAGGCUCGGGAGCAGGCGCAAGAUGGGUUGGUUAUCACCAAAGCCGAGUACGGUUAUGUUCCUCCGACAAAUAAGAAACCCAAGAACGGAUUUGCCGAGCCUAGGGUCAUCGACGUGACUGUGCCGGUGGCUGGACUGGUAGAACGAGGCCAGCUGAACAUUUCCCAAGAUACCAUCAAGUUCAAACUGCUCGGGUUCUAUGAUCCAGCCCCGUUGUUGCCGAAACGGUUGAAGAUCUGGUAUAGUUAUCAAGGACAAGAUCACUUUGUGGAUGCCGGUGAUAAGGACAGUGUUGCCUGUCCUAUGCGCCCGCAUCUACCCAAAUACACCGGCGAGGAAGAAGAGCUACCGGCGCACGCGCAACCCCGGGGCCCGCGUGUGGUGGGCGCCGACCAGCUCGACGAAACACAAGUUGUCCUGCGGAACCGGUCCUCCCCCUACGGAAACCGUGCAGGAUGGCGACCUCGGGCGCCCGAAGAUUUUGGCGAUGGCGGUGCCUUUCCGGAAAUUCUCGUUGCGCAAUAUCCCCUUGACAUGGGCCGCAAGGGAACGUCAUCUACUUCGAAUGCACUAGCCGUGCAGGUUGAUGCGGAGGGAAAAGUCAAGUACGAUGCGAUCGCGCGGCGCGGACACGGGGACAACCACAUUGUUCAUGCUUCGUUCAAGGAUCUGAUCCCGCUCCGGCAGCGGGUAGAUAUGGGUGAGGUUUCUCUGGAUCGGCCUUCGGAGGAGGAGAUUCAGGAGCAGAUGGAGAAGACCAAGAGCGCGUUGGCAAACUUGGUCGAGGGAGCUGUGUCCGCGCAGAAGCCGAAGAACGUCAAGGGCGGAAAGAGAGCAGAACCGACUUUUGUGCGAUACACCCCGGCGAAUCAGAUGGGUGACAACACGAACAAGAAUGAUCGCAUCAUGAAAAUCGUCGAGAGACAGCAGGAUCCGAUGGAGCCGCCCAAGUUCAAGCACAAGAAGAUCCCUCGUGGCCCGCCGUCCCCUCCCCCUCCGGUCAUGCACUCGCCGCCCCGACCAAGAAGCCUGGAAAAUCCCGCCCCCGUCUCGAAUUGGAAGAACCCGAAGGGUUAUACGGUCCCCCUGGACAAACGUCUGGCCGCGGAUGGUCGUGGACUGCAGGAAAAUACAAUCAACGACAAGUUCGCCCAGUUCGCAGAGGCCCUAUUCACAGCGGACCGGCACGCUCGCGAGGAAGUGUCGCUCCGAGCUCAGAUGCAACAGAAGCUGGCAGAGAAGGAGAAAGCACAGAAGGAGGAGCAUCUUCGACAGCUGGCACAGAAGGCACGCGAGGAGCGCGCCGGUCCCAGCCAGCAGCGCGCUUCACGGGCAAGAUCAACUUCUCGAAGUGUCAGCCGCAGUCCGUCCCCAUACUCCUCUAGGUCAGGUUCCCCAAGUGGUGACGAGGCAGCACGGGAACGCGAGGAGCAGCGCCGUGAGCGGCGCCAGGAGGCUCAGCGACAGCUUCGCCAGUCCCGCAUGGGUGCUGAACGUCGCAUUCAGACAAUGGCGCGUGAGCAAAAUCGUGAUAUCUCCGAGAAGGUCGCGCUGGGUCUGGCCAAACCAACACAGAGCUCCGAGUCCAUGUGGGAUUCCCGUCUAUUCAACCAAACUAGCGGUAUGCAUGCCGGUUUCAACGAAGACAACCCUUACGAUAAGCCGCUGUUCGCCGCGCAGGACGCCAUCAACAGCAUCUACCGUCCCCGAGCGCAAGUUGACGCCGACGACGACGAAGGUGGCGAAGGUGAAAUGAGCAAGCUCCAGAAGACUAACCGAUUCGAGGUUCUGGGACGGGCCAAGGAAGGUUUCAAGGGUGCUGCUGAUGCAGAGGAACGCCAGGGUCCUGUUCAAUUCGAGAAGGACACUGCCGAUCCAUUCGGUAUCGACAGCAUGAUUGCCGAUGUGACUUCAGGCGCUGGUCAGAAACGCUAUGGGAUUCAGGAAGCUGAACGGGAUGACCGGGGCUCGAAGCGGGCGAGAGUUGAAGAAGAUGAUUAA